ACAGGGCCAAAGGGAGACAACCACCAUUACCCCAGAAACCAGAGCUUAGAAAAGUUCCAGUCAAAACCAGCAUGGAUCACCCUGUAAGGCAUCAACUCCAUCAAAACAAACCCAAUUCUUUACUCAAAUUCAGCACGCAGUAGUUUCAUCCUACACCGGGCGUAUAUCGACGAUGUUCAGUGGCUUUGCCAGGUCUCUGUAUGGUUCAGGGAGGAGGAGGAAGGUUCUAGAAGACGAUGGAGGGAGAGAUGCAGCUGAUAAUUUAUUGAAGGAGGCCAAGAAGAAGGAGAUGAUAUUGAAGAGUUCAGGAUUUGUUAGAGGAGAAGAGUGUAAUGUGUUUGUGUCAGUUUAUUCACAGAGAGGUGAGAAGGGUGUGAAUCAAGAUUGCUCUAUUGUGUGGCAGGAAUUUGGAUGCCAAGAAGACAUGAUCUUUUGUGGAAUAUUUGAUGGGCAUGGCCCAUGGGGUCACUACGUCGCUAAAAUGGUCAGGGAGUCUCUUCCUUCAUCCAUACUAUGCAACUGGCAAGAAGCCAUUGCUCGGACUUCAACAGACGGUAAAAACGCAUCCCAUUUUGAUACCUGGAAACAAUCGUACAUUAGAUCUUGUGCUUCAGUAGACGCAGAACUUGAGCACCAUCGAAAAUUUGAUUCGUUCAACAGUGGCACCACUGCGCUCACACUCGUCAAACAGGUAUUGACUUUCUUUUCCUCAACAUCUUGAUGUAUAUUUGUGGAUGGCAUUCAGACAUCUGUGUUCUGUGACAAAGCUGGAGACUGACAUGUUUUGCAUUAAUAAGAUAUAUCUUAUGGUCUAAGCCUGUGGAAUUCACAUAGAUGACCAUAUCAAAAAAAAUUAUUAAACAAUAUUUCUUAUGGGCUAAGCCUGUGGAUUUGAUCAAUCCUCUAUUCUCCAAACCAGCAUAUAAACUCACGUAUAGAAGUUGCACGUAAUGCAGCAGUGGCGGAGCUAGAAACUUUUUUUUUCCCCUUUCUUGUUGAGGUUUUUGUUUGCGUGUGGGUGCAUGAACAUAAAUUCGCUAUGAUAUAUUUAAUAAUAAAAUCAACUUCGAACCAAAUCUGUAUGCUUUUUCAUUCAAAGAUAUAUCAUAAAAUAUAAAUGAAAAAAGUCAUACAAGCAUAUAAAACAAUAU